CAUAAAUUUAUAUAAAUUUGGAGAAAAUUUAAUAAAGACUAAUCUAAAUUUCCAAAGGCGGAAUAAACAUAUUUCUUGGAACAGCGGGAAGAAACAAACAUAAAGUAGGAAAAAGAGGAAUGUCCAGAAGCAUUCCCCCCUUUUUAUUAAAAAUAAAAGAAAUAAAAAAUAAAAAGAAUCUGGGCUUGGCAAAACCCUAUAGGAAGUCAUGCGAUGCUUUUCCCCGCACCCGCCUUUUUUUACACUCGAGACUUCCCUUUUCUCCGAAUGCUUCUCACCGCCCCGUUCCAAGUGCAACGGUCAUUCUUGGAAGGUCAGCAAAGGCUGUAGGGGAGGGGAGUGCCAUCCACGCGCCAUCAAGAGCGCGUGCGAUUCCACCCACUGUUACACCCAAUCUAAUUUAUGUGCGAAUUCAGGCUCACGCCUCAUCCCUCACCUCGGCAGGGCUCAGGAGCACAAUCACUAACCCUACCCAAAAUAGAGACUGAAAAAGGAAAAGAGGCGAAAGUCCAAAAGUCCAUUCGUCUCUGAGCUCCGAUGCAGUCAUCAAUGGCGGAAGACCCUUCUCCGAGACCCUCGUAUGCGCUGCUGCUGAGGCUGAUGAGCAAAAGGAGGACAUGGGUUUGUCUCUUUGUGGUGGUCUACGGGAUCCUCGUGUCUUCCUCGUGGAACCUGCUCAAGACCAUCCUCUCCUGGUACAAAUCCAGCCUCGACUCGCCUUCUGCUUCCUCCGGCUGGCCUGCCCUGUACGCGUCCGUGCUUCUCGGAGCGGUCUUCGGGCUGCUGGCCAUGGCGGCGGCUCUGGCGGUGGCCGUGCCGGCGAUGGUGGUGACGUGGAUCACUGUGCUGGUGCUGUUGACGUUCUGCGGGAAGCCGAGGAGCGCUCUAGUGAUGGAGGGGAGGGAGAUCACGGCGGAGAUCUCUAGGGUUGUGCUCAAGAUUCUGUUAAAGGAAGGGAAUGUGGUGGCGGCGAUUUGUGCGGUUCUGGGGUACUUUGCGCUUUUCAGGAGGAGCGGAGGAGACUGAGAUUGAAUUUUAAUUGAAUUUGGUCACGGGAUUUGCUGUAUGCUGCGGGGAUGGAUCUUCUCCCCCAUGGAAGAUGCAAGAUGGGUUUUUUUUUUUCCCUAAAUUUUUGGGAAUAGAUAGGAUUUUGGUAAAGUUUUGUCCACUUCUCUCUCUCCCUCGAGGGAAAAAAAAAAAAAAAAAAGCGCGUGUACAGUUUGGAUUUGCAGCUAUGCCAUUGCUAUAACAUAGAAAUGGAAAAUUGGAGAAAGCUUUUUGUUGAGCUGUGUCUCACUAA